AUGGAGCUGCUGAGCCUCGCCGAGGAGCGCGGGCAGGCCRUGCCGGGCGCCUGCCCUGCGCGCCUCCCUGCCCGCGAGCCGCCGCUGCAGCAGCAGCACGGCCAUGGGGACGGCGAGGGGCACGCGCCAGCAGCCGGGGCAGCGCUGGGCUGCCAGAGGCAGGACAAGCCCUGGGAUGAGCCAGCGGCGCCCGCACCGCUGCCGGGCCCUCCCGGCGCCUCUUCCCCGGAGGARCCUGCGGCCCCCGAGCGCUUGAGCGGAGAGGAGGGAGCAGGCAAGAGGAAGGGCUGCUGCUGCGCCCGGGAGCUYGAGACCUCCUUUACCUACGUGGAUGAAAAUGUGAACCUGGAGCACACAAGGAGUCCCCCAUCUCCUCCAAGCAGCGGCUGCCAGGGUGUCCCUGUGCAGCAGGACCUGCGUGGGGCGCUCCCACCGGCCUGGGGUCACCAUUCCCCGUCCCUCGUCUCCGAGGAAGAUGAUGCUGCCUCCGAAGCGGCUUCGGGGAAGUCCGUAGACUACGGGUUCAUCAGUGCCAUUUUGUUCCUGGUCAGCGGCAUUUUGCUGGUGAUUAUUUCCUACGUGGUGCCCAGGGACGUGACUGUGGAUCCCAACACGGUGGCUGCRAGGGAGAUGGAGAGACUGGAGAAUGAGAGCGCCAGGAUUGGCGCUCACUUGGAUCGAUGCGUUAUCGCCGGCUUGUGUCUCUUGACCCUGGGGGGAGUGGUGCUCUCCAGCCUGCUCAUGAUGUCCAUGUGGAAAGGGGAGCUGUACCGGAGGAGCCGGUUCGCCUCCUCCAAGGAGUCUGCAAAGCUGUACGGGUCCUUCAACUUCAGGAUGAAGUCUGGGGCAAAUGAUAAUAUGUUAGAGCUGUCGUUAGUUGAGGAAGAUGUGCUUGCCAUAGAUAAUUAGCGUGGUCAUGACUUUUAAGGCAGCAUUUCCACAGGAAAAUAUAUUUAAUUAAAGAAAACAGAUGCAGCUUCAGAUAGCUGGUGAUGCAGUUAAUUUGUCUGACCUGAAUGAUUUUUUUUCUUAAGCUCUGUAACCGAAUGUUUGUCGUACAUGAGCRCUUGUUGUAAAGGAAAAGCGUGCCAGAGAAAAUGCAGUCAAUAUAAAAUGAUGAAACCACUGAAUAAAAAGAGAUUGGUGAUAAGUAGGUUCAUCACAUGCUCCUUUAUCAGAAUAUAAAAUAUUCCUUCAGUCUUUUACCUGUCUAAUAUUCUUAUUACUCCCAUAUAAAACAGGAACAUCUUUGCCACUUUGGAAACUGUUAAUUGCUGCAGCCUACAGAAGGUUUAUUAACAGCUUGCUUGGUAUCAUGUUAAGAAACGGGACCAAUAAUCARAUAGCAAGACUGACAUUUAAUUAAGAUAUAUAAGUAAUUUAUUUUUAAGCUGACCCUUUCUCCACAGUGAGUGAGCUAAGAAAAACAGACAAACACAACUUGGUCAUGACUUAGCACAGAUCAUCUGGAUUCUGAAACAGAGAUACAAUUAGUGAUGAUUAUUUAAAAUAUAAAGUAAGGGUCGAAGGGCAGGGGACCAUAUGGCUCAUGGUAUUGGUAGGAUACAAAAGGCUCUUUCAUCGUGAGGUCACUGGUUCCAUUUCUGUGCAGAUUAGCAAUGACUGAUAAUCAUUAGCUUCUGAUAGCUGUAGUGCCCAUAAAAAAGAGAUUUAGUUCUUAGUGGACGGAUGUGUUGGUAUGAAAACUGCCGUAACUUGAAUUAAGUGGUCUCCUGUCUAGAUUCUCAAAAGACACAAGGACUGAAAGAGCAAGGGGCUGCAGACAGUGAACUCUUCUUUGGUGCAGAUGCCGAAACAAAUUCAAACUCAGCUGCAGGGCUUUGCUUAUAUCAAACCUGUUUGUAUCGUACUUGUCCCUUUGAAACUUCAGUGCUGCCUCCCCAAGCUGUCAGCCUUCUCACAGCCUAAAAGGAAGGGUCUAAACAGAGUUUUGGGGGUGUUUUCAUUUAAAAAAUAAAUAGGAAAUGCAAAGGAUAACUAUCAGGCAGAGGGACUGAUGUGUGGCUCAGGGUAGUGGGUGGGCAAGGGUACGUGUUGCUGUUGAUUCUAGUUAUGUGGCACCAUAGCCCAAAAUCUCAGCCACUGGUGGCAUUUUCUUUAGUUUUGGCCAGCUUCCAUGGAGUGUUAAAGCUGGGAUUUUGUGGUGCUGGGCGAAACAGUAAGGAUUGUUGAACAAUGUCAUAUCUUACUGUAUAGUGGUGGCUUAUGUAUAUAUAUGUGUAUAUAUGUAUAUGUGUGUGUUUGUAUGUCCUAUCCUCUGGCAGGGCCAAAUAUCAGGAAGAGCUCUGUCCCUUGGCUGAACAGAAACACACGGUUCCCUGCCACAGCUCUGUCCAUCACGAGCCAAAUCUGAAACAUCAUUAAGAGCAAAUGUUUCAAAGUCGAGGCUUGUUUCCACCUGCAACGCCUCAAGAUACCCAAGGAGAGGGCUUGGGUCAAGGCUUGGGAUGCCGCUGCCUGUGGGAUGGGCCUGGGCACACUUGGCCACCAGAGCUCCCCACAGCCCGUGUCCCACCUCACCCUUGGAGAGCUCGUGCAAG